UCUUGUUUUUCAAAACCAUAAUCUGAUGAUCACUUGGCCGAUGCAGUACACUCAGGAAGGGAUUUUCUUUACUGCUUCUUGUUGCGUAUACUUCUUCUUUUGGACUUCGAGUAUUGACUUGAGUUAUUCAGCUGUGCUUUGGACAGGACCUCGCAGUCUAGGAAAUUUCUUGUUUUCAUUCAUUCUAGUUGUCACAGCAUGGAGCGUGUUUGAAACGCAAAAGCCGAAAAGAGACAACACUUGAACAGCGCGUGUUUCAGCUGACUUGAAUGAUGGGGAGCUGCUUGGAAUACCAGUGGCCUCUAAGCGGAGAUACAUGUUCCACGUACGUCCCCUUCCAAGAGCUCAGGCGUUUUCUUCGUGAUGCGAAUUUAUCAGAGCCUGCUCCAGACAUGGAACCACGGCGCAUGGAAACCGAUGAAGUCUUGUUUCUGAAGAAACUCGGCCUGCGUGUCACGACUCGCAUCUCAAUUCCUCUAGAAAAUGUUCUUUGUCACUUGGAGAAGCACUAUCCGUCAAGAUACUCUGAGUACAUGUCAGCGUUGCAUGGGAAAGCGCUGGAUGUCUGCGGUGUUGGUCCUAAACAACCUUCAGGUCCUGAGUUCAUCAAAAAGAUUGUGGAUUCGAAGCGCUCUCUGGCGCAGCGAGCCAUACGCAAGGCAGCCCAGUAUAACGCUGAAAUUGGCCAGCAGCGGCGCCUGGAGCGCAGCGCUUACUACGACACGCAGACACAGCUGAUCCACUACCCGGAGCGCAAGCGUCUGUGUCGCCGUGGUCGUCGUCAGCCGCCGGUUGGUGACUACCCGGUGGCUCUGCUGCCUGGACAGUACCAGGAUUAUUGCCCACGGUACACACCGGAGCAGCUGCGCUGUAUGCCACUGAAGACGAUGACUGUCGUACCACCGCCCACACCCGUGGAGUCCGUUCUUCCGCCGGGUAACCCUACGCGAGGCGAUGCUGCUGCUGGCGCCGGUGCAUCAUCGUCUUCUUCAUCGCAAGCGUCGCUGCCUCCUCCUAUGGCAGCCAGUUCUCGGGCACUCUCCAGGGAGAACAGUGCUGUUCCUUUGUCAUCGACUGGUUUAGCCAGCUCGUCUUCAGCAGCAGCGACACCAGCAACAAAUCAGCCGGCAAGUUCUCGAUCUCACCAGCGAUCUCACACCCAGGCGAAGCAGCGCAGCCUCAAGCACGACACGCUGUGCAGCCUAUGUUUGCACGGGCACGAGGAGAAUCGGAAGGGAGAGGCAGAGGCGCUGAUCAGCUGCUCGACAUGUCCCAACAUCGGACACCCGUCUUGCUUGGAGUUGUCGGUGCAGACGGUGCGCAUUCUCGGCUCGUACUCCUGGCAGUGCAUGGACUGCAAGGUGUGCACACUAUGCAGUGAUCCAGGAGAUGAGGAGAAGAUGAUGUUUUGUGACGACUGCGAUCGCGGCUACCACACGUUCUGCGUUGGCCUUCAAGAUAUUCCUACAGGCCAGUGGAUGUGCAAGAGCUGCAGUUCCUGCUCAUCUUGCCAGAAGCACGAAAAGGAUUUCCGCCGUGGCAAUCCCUGUACUCACCAGUUCACCAUACCAAGAGAUGGCAGCGAGCCCAAAUAUGUCACAACGCUGUGUUCAUUUUGUUCGAGGCUGUUUCAGAAAGGCCACUUCUGCCCGGUGUGUCUGCUGGUGUAUCACAAUGACGAAACCGACCAGCCAAUGGUGUGUUGUGAUGACUGUGACCGAUGGAUUCACACAGCCUGCGACAACAUCAGCGAUGCACUGUACUCGACGCUAUCCAAGGAACAGAGCACCUACAAGUGCGUCAUCUGUCGCGGUGCCCGUGCCGAGCGUAUGGAUGCGCACCACAAGAAGUACCGUUCCCAGCUGCCGAUGCGCGGGAGGGUGUAGAAGCGAUUGCUUGAAUACAUCCUCUUCGCAGUAGUAUGGUCUGUAACGUCAUUGAUUUGCAUCACAAGCACGUGUUUGGCACUCAGCCCUGCGGUGAUGUCAUUCCUAUCAACAAUGACAUCAUGGUCACAGGCACUCAUUGGCAGUGCACAGGACACAUGAUGGUUACUAGUACAUGCGUGUUGAUGUUGUUCCAGCCAACAGUGACGUUAUGGUCACAGUCACUGCAGUGCUUUGCCGCCGAGCGCACACAGUGGUGAUACGCGAUGAUGUCAUUCCCGCCAGCAGCGACAUCGUGGUCACAGGCACUGCAGUGCUUUGCCGAGCGCACGCAGUGCAGUGGUGAUACGCGAUGAUGUCAUUCCAGCCCGCAGCGACAUCAUGGGUCACAGGCACUGCUUUGCCAGGCAGGCAGUCAGGGCAAAGCACACAAUCAUGGUGGUGGCAUGUGAACAUCCUUUAUAGGAUCAUAUCAGGUAACACUGGGGCAUGCUGUGAAUUAAUUUGCUAAUCUGAGAAAUUGUGAGUGAGAAUAGCAAAACUGUAGAACAAAGUUUUUCUUGGUGUAACUCUAAUUUCGGUUGAGAAACCAGGCACUUUUAAGUUUUAAAUUUAGACUACGUGACAGGAGGUACUUGUUACCUACUUUGAGGAAGUACUUGUAAUUCCAAGCUACACGUGAAAACUGUUAGGUGUUUGACGCCACAAUUUCAGCUCACCUAAAUAACGUAUAACACAGUAUUAGCAAGAGUCCAUAACCCACAGAGUGUGCAAUGUCACACAAAUCUCUGUCACGACUCGUUUUCAACAUUACGUCAUUUUCAUGUAGCUGCGCGUGCAGGCCGCGACAUAUUCGCUACAUGAAAAUGACGUAAUGUUGAAAACGAGUGGUGACAAGACCCUAUCGCGCAUUGCACACUCUGGGGGUUAACGGGGUUAUUGACUCUUGGUAUUAGUAUGUUCAAGAUUCCUGGUCUACUACAGCAGUAUCUACAUGUACCUCCUGCUGUCAGAUGUUUGUCAUUUUGCUUACUUAUUGCUUGGUUUGUGUUCGGCCUAUUUGGCGUGGCUGAGAACACAGUCAGUCGUCCAAGCUACCAGUGUCAUCUAUCCUAUCUUGUUUUCUACUUAGUACUUUGGUUGCACUUGAUCAGCUCUCUUAUACCCUCAUGUGGCUAGCUUUCUUUCUUUUGAAGCAGGUUCUGCUGUCCUAAGCUACAAUGGACUGCAUGUACAUGUAUUGACUUUUCCCGUUGACUGUGUUGCGUGUGGCCUUCCUGUGUUUCCUUCCUGUUCUCACAUUUUGUUGAGCUUGAAUAAAGAUAUUGUGUCAAGUAUAAUGUACAUGUAGCUUGAUCCAGGGUGCCAUAAAAUUUACGCAUACUCUCCCUGUACGUCAUCAUGUAUGUCAUAUUUCUCAUGUACAUGUACACC